CAUGGCCUCAGUCAGUUCACGAUUCGUGCAGGAUGCCGUCUUGAUGAGUCAGUCCUUGGCGAACUGUACUUGAUACAGCGAUUAUCGACUACAAUUCAGUCUGCUGUCACUGCAUAACACAACUGGCAUCAUAAUUCCAAUAAUAAUCGGCGAAUUAACGACGGCGAGAAGAAAAGCAAAGUACGAUGACAGGGGCCAAGUGAAUGUUUAUCGGCAUAUCGAAACCCACAUGUCUGUACAGUAGUGGUAUAAUACAUUACCGCCACUUACCAUGUCGUCCUCAGCGCUAAGAAAAAUUAUAAAAGCACGUUUCUUGUUAAGUACAGAAACGAACUUAGUCAGAGGCGUGGUUUGUCAGUACAGUCAGGAGGCUCCUGUGGAAACUGUAGAAGAUGUGAAAAAUCGUCUUAUAGAAGUCAUGGGGAUUCAGCGCAGCUACAAGCCAUUACAGCUGAGUCGGAGUCAUUUGCUGGAGUACCUGCCAAAGAGCCAGGAUGAACUUCCUGUUAGGAAAAUGAAGGAUAGCUUUUCCAGUGUAGUAAUUCCACUGAGCACAGAUAUAACACUGCAAGAAAAGUAUGUGACAUUUCUUGGGCAUGUACGGCUGGGGAGACUUAUGGAGGACAUGGAUAUAUUUGCAGCUUGGGUGGCUCACAAGCACAUCUUGAACCCAAGAAAGCCAGCUGGACAACCAACGCCAUAUGUAAUUGUCACUGUACUUGUUGAUCAAAUUGAUUUCACUGACAUAACUCCUAAGCAUGAUGGUGAUAUCAGAUUGUCGGGGCAUGUAUCAUGGGUUGGGAAGUCCUCAAUUGAGGUGACUGUGUGGCUGGAACAGUUAUUGCAUGGUUCUUGGCAGAAACUGACUAGAGCAGUUUUCCUCAUGGCAGCUCGAAAUUCUAUUUUAUCCGGGCCAGCAAUAGUGAACCUUCUUGAGCCCGAAACUGAAGAAGAAAAGGAAAUAUUUAGAGGUGGUGAAUUAAGGAAGAAACGACGUGUAAAAGUACAGCAGGAAUCACUUUUCAAAAUGACACCAGAUGUUAAUGAGCAGAGAUUAAUCCACGACCUUUUCCUGAAAACAAUUGAUCUACAUAGAAUGUCAUUCCACAAAAGAAUUCUGCCUCCCAGGAGCUUAUGGAUGGAAGAUGCACAACUCAGCAAUAUUGUUUUUAGUCACCCCGAAGACCGUAACCUGCACAACAAGGUUUUUGGGGGCUUUCUUAUGCGACAGGCUUUAGAACUCUCUUGGACUGCUGGUUAUUUGUACAGCAAAUUUCGCCCCAGAUUGUGUCACAUAAGUGACAUCAGUUUCCACAAGCCAGUUGAUGUUGGGUCACUUCUUCGAAUGAACUCCUUGGUUACAUAUACAGAAUGCAAUUAUGUGCAGAUAACAGUUUAUGCAGAAGUGUUUGACCCUCGUGGAGGGCAGCAAAAUACAACUAAUGUGUUUCAUUACACGUAUGAAAUGCCUGAAGAAGUGCCACAGAUAAUUCCAAAAUCCUAUCAGGAGGCAAUGAUGUACCUGGAUGGCAGACGACAUUUUCAGCAUGUGAUGGGUCUUUCUGACAAUACACAUAGUUCAACAGCCACAUAAACUUGCUUUGGUCAUCUUAUUUGCUAAAUUAUUCAGUCAUUAAAGCACUCUCUCUCUCUCUCUC